AUGGAUUCUCCCAUGGGGUCUAGUUCUGAUGAACAAAUUCAAAAGCUAGAAGAGGUUUUUAGUGAGAUGCCAAAUCCAGAAAACGACGUGAUAGAGAAAUUGAGUGAGGAGCUAAGGCUUGAUACCAAUCAAAUCAAAAUUUGGUUUGAAAACAAAAGAUGCUACAUCCAGGCCCAAAGGGAUAAGGAAGAACGUGAAAAUCUUCGUUUGGAAAACUCAAGAUUACUUUCAGAGAACUUGCAAAUGAAUCUCGAGUUGAGGAAUCGCCUUUGUGCUACGUGUAAUCCUGAGAAACAAAGAAAAAUACUACAAGACUUGCAAAAUGAAAAUGCUAUAUUACAAGCUGAGCUUACAAUAAUAUCCAACAUGCAUGAUCAUUUGAAGGAAAACCCUGAAAGGUACUUGUUAUUAAAACAUCAUCUGCAUCACUACGAUAAUCCAAGUGGACUAGACUUGAAUCUUAAAGUGGAGUGUGAUCACAAUUUUCCAAGAUUGAAUUGGAACUGA